GACCAAUAUAAUCUCGAUGUCUUUGUUUUCCUAGUGUUUUCGUAAUGAAGUGUUCGUCUCAUCGGCUCCCAAGGGAUUGCGGUCUAUUUACAGUUGGAACUGGUCUGAACAAGAUUACCAUAGUGGUAGAUUAGACCUCUCUUGAUUUGUUGUUUUCUGCAGGUAGAAGGGAGUUCAUUUGGUAAAGUUCUCGUUGAAUUUCUGCUGCUGUGUGGCUGGAAAAGAUUCGCAGCGCAGUGUAAUGCCGUCUUGUUGCUAACGAAGUAAAAAUUUUGUAUUAUUCAUGAGGCUGCCAAACCAGGAUGCCUUUCAAAUGAACCCAACCGGCUGGGACAUUGGACCGUAACUCUCUGAGAAGUCAGACAGUCAGGUACAGUUGAAGCCGCCCUCUCAAUGUCAGUAUCGGACUGAAAGUAUGGAAAUAUGGAUAAUCAAACUGUUGAUCUGUCAAACUUAACUGGGUUGCUUUAACUGCUUGGACAAGCCAUCCAUAUUGUUAUUGUGUUAAAAAUUUACAGGGAGUAUUGAUCGACGAUUGUAACCUGGCUGAGACCACAACUCUGGAUAGUCGUGGAUAGUUUUAUUAGAAUUUCUAACCGCAAAGGGUUGUGGAAAUUUUUAUCAUCUGGAUAAAACAUUUGGUUUCUCGGAUGAGUUUUAUUUAUCGUAUAGAGAUGGAUCCGUCGAUGUCUUCGAUCGCUUGUGCAUAGCUCUCGCCUCCAAAGCCAUCUCAGAAUCGUCUGUGCCAUGACUGUGUUUACAGGAGUUAUGGCGUCCACCGCAGUGUUUAUUGUUUUUCUCAUAAUGAUAAACUAUUUAACGUUGGCGGAGAAAAAGGAGUACAAAUUGGGUCUUCUCAUACCAUAUUCUACGGUGAUUCCACAUUUCGAACACGACUUUAAUAAGGGAGAAUCUUUCGCAGCGGCUAUGACAAUCGCGGUGGAGAGAUUAAAUGCGGAUCCAACGAUUUUGGCCGAUUAUAAUGUUACAUUUGUAUGGAAAGACACCAAGUGCGAUGAAUUGAUUGCUGUCUACGAGCAGUUAAAUCAAAUUAAUUCUGGAGUUCAAGCGUUCAUAGGGCCUGGAUGUAAUUGUCAAACUGCUGCCAGGAACGCGGCGGCUUUCAACAUGUCCAUAAUCUCGUUUAUGUGCAGUGCUGCAGAGCUAUCUAUUAAAAAGAAAUUCCCCACAUUCUCUCGCACUUUUGCUGUUGACAAUCAAGUUGCUCCCAGUAUCAUCAGUCUCUUAAAAUAUACCUACAAUUGGACUAGAGUCGCUAUCAUUGUUCAGAAUACAACAAAAUGGAUGGAUUUGAAAGACUACCUUAUGGAGGAAUUUGAAAAAGAGAGAAUAGAUGUAGCAAUGGAAUACACAACCGUGAACCCCGUGCUUUAUGACAGUAAACAUGAGGCACAGUUUCGUGAUGCACUGGAAAAGCUCAAAAGGAAAGCACGCAUUGUUCUAGUUAUUGGUAGCUACACCAUCGGUCUGGAGACUCUCUACCUUGCGAAGCAGCUAGAAAUGAUCAGUAGAGACUAUGCAUUCAUCUUAUUUGAGUUAGAUCAAUUGGCAGUGAAAAGAAACAAUAGGCUCAAGUUCUUUUGGUUCCAUCAACGAAUUCCUAUAAAAAGAAACAUCAGUCAAAGUUACAUUCCAGAAGCUAUGCAGGCAGCACUUAUUUUGGCAGUGAAGAAUCCACGUGGAAGUGGUUAUGAAAAUUUUGCGACUCAAGUCAAGCUAAAGACAUCAAAGAGUCCUUUCUUUAGUAUGGCAUAUAAUAAAUCAAAUUCAGCAUUUGCAAACAGUCCUCCCAUUUAUGCUGGGUACCUGUACAAUGCUGUAUACCAAUUUGGCUUAGCACUGAACAGAUCUCAAGCCCUUCUAGAAUCUGAGGGGCAGAAUAGAACCCCUACAGGAGCAGACAUAUCUGCACAGCUUCGGGAUUACACCUUUGAUGGCAUUCAGGGUUACAGAAUACAUUUGGAUAACAAUGGGGAUGCACAAUUCAACUUGACUCUGCUAGAUGUCAGAAAAAAUCCAACUCACAGCGAGGAUCCCUAUGAUUUAGUUGAAGUUGGAGAUUUCCAGAUAAAAUAUGGUAAUUUGUCCGGUAACAGGUCCCAGACAGGUUUUCCACACCUUGUAUUCCGCAAAAACUUUACCAAACUGUGGGUGGGGGGAAGUAGAAAAGCACCUAAGGACCGUCCCGACUGUGGAUUUGACAAUGAGCUGUGCCCUGGUCCAAAUGACGAGUCUCCAGACAACAAAAAAGAAAUCAUUGCUGGAGUUUCAUGUGGUCUGGGUUUCCUUGCCAUUCUACUUGUGAUAAAUUUAGUCAGACAGUACAGGUUGGAAAGAGAACUGAAAAGUAGAUUAUGGAAGAUUGACUAUAAUCAACUGGGCUUUGAGCGAAGAGCAUCAAAUACCUCGUUAGCAAGUGCCAUGAGAGACACAAAUGAAGAAGCCAUGCCCCUGAUAACGGAAGAAAGCAGCGAUGGAAAAAUCACAACUGUAGGAAGCUACAAGGGCAAUAUGGUUACAGUGGCUAAACUUCCUAAAGGUCAUUUAGAUCUGACGAGGAAAGUUCUUUUGGAGCUAAAACAGAUGAGGGAUAUUAGACAUGAUAAUUUGAAUCAAUUCAUCGGUGCUUGUGUGGAGCCAGAAAUUUGUAUUGUAAUGCAAUAUUGUUCUAGAGGAAGUCUGCAGGAUAUUUUAGAAAAUGAAGACGUCAAGCUGGAUCACAUGUUUAUAGCUUCCCUUGUGGCGGACAUAGUGAAGGGUAUGGCAUACAUGCACAGUACAGAUGUAAAAUCUCACGGUAAUCUCAAGUCUUCUAAUUGUUUGGUGGACAGCCGCUGGGUGUUGAAGAUCACCGACUAUGGUCUCCCUUCUUUUAGAAACAAAUUGAAAAAGAACAGAGAAGACUACGCCUAUUAUCGAGACUUACUUUGGGUAGCUCCGGAACUGUUACGAAUUCCAAAUCGUUCUUUGAGGGGAACCCAAAAAGGUGAUGUCUAUAGCUUUGCUAUAAUUUUACAAGAGUUCCACACAAGGGAAGGUCCUUACAGUGCAAAUUUCAUGGAACCAAAAGACAUUAUCCGUAGAGUAAAGGAUGGUGAGUUCCCACCCUUCCGUCCGACAGUUACAACACUGAUAACUGGUGUGGAGGAGCUACGGGAACUGAUGAAGCAAUGUUGGAAUGACAACUCGGAAGAGAGACCAGACUUUCACGAGAUUAAAAAGAUCAUGCACAAAGUUCUGGUCAACAACGGCAUGAAGACAAAUAUCUUCGAUAACAUUGUUUACAUGAUGGAAAAGUACGCUGAUAACUUGGAGGAGCUUGUAAUGGAAAGAACCGGUCAGCUGAUUGAGGAGAAAAAGAAGACGGAUGCACUUCUGGAAAGAAUGCUACCAAGACCUGUGGCUGAGCAACUCAAGAAGGGCCAAGAGGUAGAAGCAGAGAGUUUCCAUGAAGUGUCAAUCUACUUCAGUGAUAUCGUAGGAUUCACCAGCCUCUCCUCUGGGAGUACGCCGAUGCAGGUUGUGACUCUGCUCAAUGAUCUAUACACGCUGUUUGAUAACAUCAUUCAGGAGUAUGACGUGUAUAAAGUGGAGACAAUUGGUGACGCCUACAUGGUUGUAUCAGGCCUGCCUAUCAGAAAUGGCCAUGAGCAUGCUGGUGAGAUAUCCCGGAUGGCACUACAUCUCGUGGAGGCUGUGCAAACGGAUUUCAAAGUUCGACACCAACCGGAUCAUCAGCUUAAGCUCAGGGUUGGACUUCAUAGCGGUCCAGUUGUUGCGGGCGUGGUCGGUAACACUAUGCCCCGUUACUGUUUGUUUGGUGAUACAGUAAACACUGCGUCUAGAAUGGAAUCCAAUGGAGAAGCUCUUCGUAUUCACAUCAGUGAAGCCACCAAGGGUAUACUCGACGAUCUAGGUGGCUUUGAAGUUCAAGAAAGAGGAGAAGUGUUUUUAAAAGGCAAGGGCACUUGCAAAACAUAUUGGUUGAUAAGUGCCGUCAAACGCACCAGCAACAAAGUAAAUAAACUUCUUCACCCGAACGGCCAACCCCUCAUGAACUAUCUCAACGCUCCUGGCCAUCAUCUCGGCUCUAACAGCUCUCUAAAUAAUCUUAAAAGAACGGAAUCUUUGCGACGUUCAAUGAAGGCUUCUCCUAACCCCGUGAAAAAAUCUUGGCACAAGGCAGACGACGAAUCGGCAGCGCUGCUUAAUCAGACUUCUGUGUGACCACUGCACGACUUGGAGCGAUUUCUGUGAACGCUUUACAAAUUAGUCAUGGUUUCGUGGUCCAAGACAAGAGAGGGUUCGGGAGAUUGUUCGGAAAUCUUCGACAUGUUCUGGUAUUGCUCGAGAAGAAUUCUGAGAGAUUUGUCAGAGGUGCCAAAGAUGUCUCGGAAAUGAAGAGAAUAUUUUGGACUUGUUGGAGCCUCUGAACAUCGGAAAUUUCUCAAAUGUAAUGGUAUUGCUGCCUUUGUUGUCCGUUUGAAUCAUGUAUUUCCAUUUGAUGUUGAUCUACAAAGCUCGAUAUUCGUGCCAAAAAGACUAUAGGCCCCAUUCGCUCACGAAGACCAAAUUAGUCUGUGAAUUUCCAUACGCAUAGUUAAGAUAAUAAAUUAUCUGUGCUGUAAGAAAUCGUUACUUACCACAUCACGAUGCCUAUGAAAUAGAAACUCUGUAUAUAUUUUGAUCUUAGGUACCAGAUUAUUUCACACAGUGUGUUCUUUUGAACCUCGCACCAAGCUUUGCGGUUGUAUAAAUCAUGUGGAGGAGUGGUAACCAUGUAAACAUUUAUGCAUAGCGUCUAAAAUAAGCGAUAUCUGAGGUGUUAAUGUUACUGUAUAGCACUCCAUUAUGAACCUUGUUUAUAGCGCAGCCAUAUCUGCGGCGAACCAGUAUAUAUGAAAGGACAAUUAGAGUUAAGUAAUCAUUUUCACAAGUGAGUAGUGAAGGAGUCAUAUCUACUCGUCAUACUAUACGGUGUCAUGUUAAUAAUAGGAAUAUGUAUAAUUGGAGUUUUUUGUUUAUUUUUUGAAGCCAUUGAGGCGAAUUUUGUUCAUUCGUAAGUAUUCAACGGAUUAUCCAAGCUCCAGUCGUAACUAAAUCUCCCCGAAUAGCUUAUUUUAACCUUCACCUCCAGGAGUGAUUAUUCGAUAAAAUCUUCUUACUUUUCUAACACUGUCAGGCUAAUAGGUAAUGAGAAUUUGGAAAGGUACUGUCCGAGUGGAAGGGCUACAUCGCGAGAGUUCGAGUCACGUUUUGUGCCAUGUAAAACUACUAUCAGCUGGAAGAACGUCAACAGUAAUAAUUUUUUUAACCUUUUAACUCCCAGAAGUGAUAAACAUGUAACAUCUCCCUAUAGUAUCCGUACAUUAUUCAGCAAACAGGUAAUGAGAAUACUCAAACUCAUCAGGUAGAAGAUAUUACCUUGAUUGAUCACCAACUUCUCGUAACUAAUUAACAAGGAAAUGUGUAGCAGCUAGAGGGGAGAAUUGACAAUCAGAUCUUGGGAGUCAAAGGGUUAAACAGAACUACAUUAAAGAAGCUUUGAUAGACCAAGAAGAUACAGGCCUAGUCAGACGUGGAGAAGAUUGUAACUGAUCGACUCCAAGAAAUUAUCUUGAAUGUUUGGGUAUGAUCAAUCUGUGACCAAGUUCAGUUAAGCAUAGCAUCUGAUUUUUACCUUAGACCGAGACUGAACUAAGUCAAAGCAGACAUAACGCCUUAAGUUGUCGUAAAUGGCAAUAAAACUGUCGUUUGAAAUGAAAUAAGAAGUGGAAUAUCUAUAUCUUUUAUGUUAAAUUUUGAAAUGGACUUAAAAAUGAACGCACGAUUAGUAUUUGGAAUACACACCUCUUUCCAUAUGGGAAAGGUGGUCAGGUUCACAAGCCGGACGGAACAUGGCGUAGUUUCACCAGCUAUCUCACCGUGCAGACGCAUACGAAAUAACAAAGCUUUUGCCUCUUCUCUCUACCUAAUCUCCACAUUAUAGAUCCAUUAUUGUUCGUAUUUUGCUUCGCUCGAAGUUCUCUAUCUAACCUCAGAAGCAGAAUUAGCAAUCUUUAACAAUCGGAGCCUGGUACGCCUGAUAAUUAAUUGAAAUAGUGGAAAAACUGUG